CUUUCAUCAUUAUACCUUCAUCAUCACCUUUACUUUCAUGUAGCCUCACCACCAACACAAUCACCACUAUCAGCAUCACCACCACCAUCACCACCACCAUUACCACCACCACCAUUUUCGUAACUCAAUGGUCCUUUUCCUCUCCACUCAGCCUGUGAGCUACCCGUGGGAGUGUGAUCUUCCGUACCGGCUAACAGUGGAGGAGAAAUGGGGCAAUAAUCGUUCAAUUAAAGAGCAUGUGACAGAGGAGGUGUAUGAUGUUAUUAACAACCUGCAGCCCUACACUGACUACCUUGUCACGGUUCAGUCAGUGGGAGGCGGAAGUUAUUCUGCAAUCACCAGCACCACUGUGAAAACACUUCCUGACAAACCUGGGAAAGUGACCAGUCUGCGAACGGAGGAGGCACACGGGACUUCCCUGCUGGUGACUUGGGAUUACCCCCAGGACAGCCCCCUUAAAGGAGAGCUUGAGUCCUUCAAACUGUCCUGGGGAGUACAAGGAGAAGCCACAGGACGGGAACAGCAAACAGUGGGACUACAGAAAAGAUUUUUUAUGAACCACCUUAAACCCAACACUUCAUACACUAUCAAGGUUCAAGGGAAGAACAAAGGCGUGGAUCAGUUCGGUGCUGAGUCUGAAAUCAUCGCCACCACCACGCUGGGAGAACCUGGGAAUGUGACUAAUCUGCGAACGGAGGAGGCACACGGGAUUUCCCUGCUGGUGACUUGGGAUUACACCCAUGACAGCCCCCAUAAUGGAGAGUUUGAGUCCUUCAAAGUGUCCUGGGGAGUACAAGGAGAGGCCACAGGACGGGAACAGCAAACAGUGGGACUACAGAAGAGAUUUCUUAUAAACCACCUUAAACCCAACACUUCAUACACCAUCAAGGUUCAAGGGAAGAACAAAGGCGUGGAUCAGCUCGGUGCUGAGUCUGUAAUCAUCGCAACCACCACGCUGGGAGAACCUGGGAAUGUGACUAAUCUGCGAAUGGAGGUUGCAAACGGGACUUCCCUGCUGGUGACUUGGGAUUACACCGAAGGCAGCCCCCUUGAUGGAGAGCUUGAGUCCUUCAAAGUGUCCUGGGGAGUACAAGGAGAGGCCACAGGACGGAAACAGCAAACAGUGGGACUACUGAAGACAUUUCUUAUAAACCACCUUCAACCCAACACUUCAUACACCAUCAAGGUUAGUGUUUAAUAACCUAGUUGUGGUAUACAGGACAGGAGCUACGCUGGCACUGUCUCGUCUCUAUCUACUAUAUUUCAACUUGGGCUUAAAUUCAUGAAUCG